CCUCUUUUCCUGUACAACAGCGCUGCUCGACACACGAGCCCGGCUCAACCCAACCCCGGUCGCCGGUCCGCCGGCCCGCCGGUUCCGCCGCAGUCGCCCCACAGCAGCCGACCCGGAGCCAAGAUGAUCGCGCCGAGGUCCUCGCUGCCGCUGCUGACGGCGCUGAUGCUGGCCGCGGCCACGCCGUCGCCCAUCCGCGCCGCCGAGUUCUUCUCCUGGUCGGCGCCGUCCCCGGCCCCGGCCUCCGAGGGAUCCGACUUCUUCUCCAGGAUCUCCUCCCUGCCGCGACAGGAUGUGGUGGCGCAGAUCCGGUCCGUGGUGGAGCCCGUCACCAAGGAGGCCCUGAACCAACUCACGCCGGAGGUCGUGCGGCAGGUGUCCGACAUGCCACGGGACGACAUAAUGAAGUACGUGAUGGGCGUCCUUGAGCCAGCCACCAAGACGGUGGUCUCGGGCGUCUCGGGGAUCGUGGAGCCGGCCGCGGCGUCGCUGCGCCGCCUGCUCGAGGGCACGCGCACCCGCAUCAAGGGCGGCGUGCGCGUGGUGCUCAAGCCCGCCGCGGACGGGCUCGGCGCCAUCGCCGCCCCCGCCCUCGACGAGAUCAUCUACCUGGCGGUGGACACGGUUCGGAUGCUGUGGAAGAAGUCGUUCGAGCCCCUCCACGUCGAGCACAUGGAGCUGCACUUCAGAGACCCGCUAAUCACCGCUGACCUACAGCUGAACGACGUCCAGGUGAACAACGCGUCCACAUUUGUGCUUGAUUCCAUCAAGUCGGAACCGCAGAACAUGGCGGCCAACUUUACGGCGCACGUCGAGGCGUUCAACGUCACGGGCUUCUACGACGUAAACGGCGCCGUGGUCAACGGCGAGCACAAGGUGUUCGGCGGCGGCAACUUCACAGCCGUGAUUCGAGGGUUAAAUAUCGGAGGUCGGGUAGAGAUCGGCAUUAAAGACCUGUUUCUGCACGUGAACGACCUCAAGUUGGAUAUUAGUAUUGAGAAACUCCAGGUGAAAUUGGAGGGCCUAUUGGGCGACGCCGCCGUGGCCGACCUGGCCAGCGGGGUCAUCAGCGACGUCGGACCCGAGUUCCUCGAGGAGUUCCGGCCCGAGGUGGGCGCCAUGAUCUCGGGUCAGAUCAAGGACUUCGCCAACGACAUCCUAGGCACUUUCACCGUGCCUAGCAUUUUGGAGCGAAUCCGACAGCACAGCGAGGAGACGGCCUCCAAACGGCUGUCGCUGCGCAACCGGGUCCACCUCUACCACCACCAGGAGCUGGAGGCGGAGGCGGAGCGCAUACGGCUCAGCCAGCGCGCACAGGACCACGCCGACAAGAGGCCAGAGCCCUAACGUGUGCGUCCUCGCGACGCAAGCUCCUCCUCCUAAAGUCCCGAGUCCUCCCGGACUUCCCCCAAGCUCCGCACUGCACUAUGCCGGCCCGAGAGGUGCACUGUUAUCCAAUCUCCUCGAGCAGAGCAGUGAAUUGGAUUGCAAGCUGAGCAGCAGCAAGUCUUUUUAAAUGAGAGAGAGAGAGCGCGAAUAGUUGGUGGCCGUGCGGUGGGUGCCUAGCCUACCACCAUGCUCAAUGGGCGUUUUUCAGACACAGCCCCACACUCUUUCCUCUCAUAAUAGCUCUAUGAUACACAUUGAGCAUCCCAGUGAGAAACGUCUAUAGCUGUAAGAUUGAUGGGUCUAUUCCCCCACAGUGAACACUAAAGAAGUGAGUAAUUUCAGCAUUAUUUUUAAAAAAUUGAAGCAUUAAGAACAUUAAGAUUUACUUUAAAAAGUAAAUCGAUGCUAAUGCAACAAACAGAACGUUCGUUGGUAAAGUGCCAAAAUAAUUCCACUCUGUAAUUAUAGAGUCUUGAUGUCCUCAUUCCAAUUUAUAGUCAUGUGUCCAAUUCCCAAGUGGGAGUUCUUAAUUCACAAAAAGUGUGAGAUGCCACAACUACUAUUUGUAUAGCUAUAGUAUACGCAAGAAUUUUGCUCAAGUACCUGCAGUAUAUCUAUGUCGUUAUUCAGAAAUAAGGAUGUUUAGAGAGAGUUAUGUUAUGAUGCAUUCAAAAACUGUGAUAAAUUUUAACUCGUAAUUUUAAUACUUAACUGAAUUGACUCUAGAGUGUGAUAUUUUAUAAGAUUGUUAGUUGUUUUGGUGAGAUUUAGGUAAAUUUGCCUACAGUGAGCCACUGUAGAUCUUGUACAGUUUUUUAAAGCAACAACAAAUAUUUCAGUAACAGACAAAAAUUAACAAGAUUUAAUGCAAUUCUGUAGUCUACAGAGGUAAAAAAUUAAUUUUGAUGCUUGCACAAUGCAUUAAAAAAAAAAAUUAAGACACUGAUAAAUCUUAAUAUUGAUUACAAGAGACCUAUGAAUACCACAAUAUUUCUUAAUGAUAAAACUAAUAGUUGCAAACCAGAAAGAAAAUUCUAAUACAAAAUUGUUACAUGGUUACAUGUUUUUUUUCUUCAUUGAACCUAUAACAUAGCCAAUCGAAAAACUGCUUGAAACUUGCACCUUACAUAAUGUUUACCAUCAUUCUUUCUUUUUAAAAGAGUGCCAUCUAAUUAGUAUGUCAUAAACACUUUAAAAUACAGAAAUCUUCUUAUUGCCUUUCCGUAA